AUGGCUAUCGAGUCGCUCGUCCCCUUGGUAAAAGACCAGCCCAAUCGUGGCCUGCUCGAGUCCCUCGGUAAGAAUUCAGCGCUUCUCAUGCGCCUCGAACAGGAUUUCAGGGAUGCAUUUAGCGAAAGGCCCAUUCGUAUUAUCUCUUUCUACGAAACGGAGAAGUCGCCUACCGCAGUGAAGAUAAAUGACCGGUGGGAACUUUCUGGACCUUCGCAAGUCUUGGUUGACGUCUCAUCCGCGACAUGCGGCAGUAAAAACCAACACCCAAUCAGCCGCAGUCACUCCGAGAUGGUGAAAUAUAGCGACCAAUAUGAUGGGCUCUAUAUACGUGUUAAGACAGUUCUACGACCGCUACUGUGCAAAGUACCAGGCAUGCGUGAUGCAUUGAGUGCAGAAGCUGGAAAUAACUGUUAUACUAAGAGUUUCUCCAGCAUUAGUGCCGCAUUCAACAAGAAGCUUAGACUCGAUGAUAUUCAUUCUGCAGUAAACACUUGUGGGUGGCUCCUCAAUGAUGCGCAGUACAAGGAUUGGAUGAACAAGCCACGAGGUCUUUUCUGGAUCAAAGGGAAUCCUGGGGCCGGCAAAUCCGUCCUCAUGAAGUUUGCUGCUAUAGCAAUGGCUCACAGAAAAUAUGGAGAGCUUGUCAUAUCCUACUUCCUACACGGUCGAGGAACGCUUUUGCAAAAGACGCCAUUGGGUGUUUUCCGCGCACUGUUAAACAGCAUGCUCAAAUCAUUCCCAACUUACCUCUCUGAGCUCACUGUCAGGUUCGAGGAUCGCGAGAAACGAUUUGGGUCCUAUGAGGAAGGUAGAUGGACCUGGACGGAAAAAGAGCUCCAAGAACUUUUGUUCCGAGUUCUUACAAAAGGGACGAAGGCCCAUCCCGUUGUCAUUUUUGUCGACGCGCUUGACGAGGCUGGCAAAGAUGCUGCGAGAAGCUUGCUGGCGUACUUCAGAGAUAUGAUGAAAGAUAUUGAGCGCGAGGAAGGACUGGUAAAGAUAUGUGUUUCUUCUAGACACUAUCCUAUCCUUGGCCACGACAUCUUCCCAAGUAUUUCCGUGGAAGAGCGAAAUGAUCAGGACAUUCGAUUGGCCAUUCGAGAUAAGCUCGAAAACGUGCAACCAGACACAAAGCGCCAGCAAAUUGAAAAGGAGAUCUUGCUAAAAGCUCAAGGAGGAUUUCAAUGGGCCGUCUUGGUUUGCGACAUGGUGAUUGAGGAGAACGACAAUGGCACCAAGGCGGAGAAGCUGCAGGAAAAGCUCCUCGCUAUACCUGAAGCUCUUGAUGAACUAUACUCAGACAUUCUGGGUGGUCUUCCAGAGACCGAAAGGCAUCAGACUGUCAAGUUGUUCCAGUGGGUCUUAUUCGCAGCGCGGCCGUUGUCUGCGCAAGGUCUUCGGGAUGCACUUUCUAUUGAUAAGGACACGCAGCGCAAUACUGAAAUUAGAAAGCACCCAAGUUGGUCCGACACUCUGCCUGAGUUUGAGAAGCAUGUCCGACACAUUUCGGGGGGACUGAUUGAAUUCAAAACACGCGAUAUUUGUGACAAAUAUUACCCUGACGAAGCCGACAAGGAAGCUCAUUUGAUCCACCAAUCCGUUGCUGAGUAUUUGCUGGAGAAUUUCCUCCGCCAUGUUGAACAUGACCAGAAUAGGCUUCAAUCUCCAAUCGCAGCUGGCCAUUUUCAAAUAUCGAGGUCCUGUCUCAGAUAUUUGACGUUAGAAGAUGUGCUAGAAGAAGCUCAGCUGUGGCCCGCCAAAGUCUGGACAAGGUUCCCACUGGUCCCAUACGCUGUGCGGUUCCUGUUCCACCAUAUUCAGAUAGUGGAAGAACAGGGAAUCGCGCAACCUGACCUCCUCUCUCUCGUUCAAUUAGAUCGACCCUCAAACAUGAAGAGAAUUAGCAGUGUAUGGUUGGCGACCGCGGACUUCUGCAAGAAUCUAGGCUUGCUUUUAAUUGGGGCAACGGCGCUUCAUGUUCUGGUCGCAUUGGGCUCGAAGAGUGCUUUUGACGACUUCUUGAAGAAGGAUAAUGUACAAGUGGACGGUAGAGAUAUUACUGGGAAUACACCCUUACUUCUGGCAAUCACAUAUGGUCAGCAGGAUAUGGCACUUGCGCUGCUGAAUCGGUCGAUCGAGUGGCGGCUUCGACAAAACGAAGGCUUUGAGAAGAGCAUUAACGGUGCCAGAGCCAGAGUACUGGAAAAGUAUUACCUUGUGGACAGUAAUGCCAAGAAUAAAUUGGGUGAAACGCCCCUGACUGCUGCAAUAACACUCAAUGCCGAAGAGGUGAUCUACAAAUUGCUUGAGGCAGGGGCUGAACAUGGUGACGAGGAUACGCUGUUGGCUUCACAAAAUGGGCUAACAGAUCUUGUCAAUCUUUUUCUUUCGCGCGGCGCGUCAGCAACUUUUCGGAAUAUAUAUGGAGAGUUUCCAUUAUAUGUUGCUGUGGAAAAUGGCCAUAGGGAAGUCGUUGAAAUCUUGCUCCGGAAGGAGCCUGCCGCAGUUGAGAUGGAAGGGAGAUUCGGUCGGCGAGUCCUAGUCAUGGCAAUAGAUUAUGAUGAGAUAGAGAUCGCCAUGCUCCUUAUUCAACAAGGGAGUUUUCAACCGUCGAGUCCAACGCUGCUGAACGGCCUCUCUAGGGCACUUGAGAAGGACAUGCCGGAUUUGGUGGAUAUUAUCCUACGGAAGAGCUUGGUAGACAUCGACUUCGGCUCAAACCUGACAUCACUUUCCUUUGCAGCAGAAAACGGAUGUGAAGCAGUUGUCAAGAUAUUCCUUAGGGCAGGCGCAGACCCAGAGUCAAAGGGUAGCCUGCGUUGGACACCACUCUUUUUGGCAGCAGAGAAAGGGCAUGAAGCAGCGGUUAAGCUACUCCUUGAAGCAGGAGCCAACCUAGAGGCUAAGGGUAGCGGGAAUCAGACACCACUAUCAUGCGCAGCAUGGAAUGGGCGUGAAGCAGUGGUUAAGCUACUGCUCGAGGCAGGCGCCAACCUUGAGUCAAAAGAUAUCUAUAAUCGGACGCCACUGUUAUUGGCAGCAGGGAGUGGGCAUGAGGCAGUGGUUAAACUACUUCUUCAAGCAGGCGCCAAGCUAGAGUCAAAGGGUGGCUUAGAUCAUACACCGCUGUCACGCGCAGCAUGGAAUGGCCACAAAGCAGUGGUUAAACUACUCCUUGAGGCAGGCGCCAACCUAGAGUCAAAGGAUAUCCAUAGUCGGACGCCACUGUUACUGGCAGCGGAAAGGCACAAAGGAGUGGUUCAGCUACUACUUAAGGCAGGCGCUAACCCCAAGUUUAUGGAUAGGUCUAGUCUGGCGGUGUCAUGGGGCAGAAGUGAAGAGAGAUGGGACAGCUGUGAAGGGGCACGGAGCAGCGAAUAA